AAUACUACUCCCCACUCCCCAGACAGUGCACGGAGUAGUACCCAUAACAAAAUUGGAAUUUUAUUGCCUAGGCGCAUCCACCCACCCUUGGGUCCAUUAACAGUAUAUGGACUCCCUCCUCUAUCCAAACAUGUGGCUAAAAGAUGCGUUAACAGUGUAUUCCCUCCUCUAUCCAACAUGUGGCUAAAAGAUGUAGCGAGUACUUCUGCGAGUACGUAACUAAAAAUUCCUGACUCGACGUAUACAUAUCACACAGACACCAUCUCGUUCAACAACAGACGCCGUCACGCACACAAAGCUCCCACUCCGGCCCGCGUUUCAUCACUCUCUCUCUCUCUCUCUCCGUCGUAGCAGCAGACGCCGCCACCACCUGCGAUUCUCGGAGAGAGAAAUGCAGACCCUCUCUCUUCCGUAGUAGCCGCACCUCGUGAUCGUACCUCGCGAAAAUCUAGAUCGGGCCUUGAUUGAUUGAUCAUUAACCUAGAGGGGUUUCGAUGGCUUCGGAGGACGUGAAGACGAGCGAAUCGGCUGUUUCGACGAUCGUUAAUCUGGCUGAAGAGGCUAAGCUUGCCAGACAGGGAGUUAAGGCGCCGAGUUAUGCUGUACUCACUAUCUGCAAGUCUCUCGUCGCCGGAGGAGUCGCUGGAGGCGUGUCACGCACUGCUGUAGCUCCCCUGGAACGGUUGAAAAUAUUGCUUCAGGUACAAAAUCCGCACAGCAUAAAGUACAAUGGUACUAUUCAAGGCCUAAAGUACAUAUGGAGAACUGAGGGCCUCAGAGGGUUAUUCAAGGGCAACGGUACAAAUUGUGCUCGUAUUGUACCAAACUCAGCGGUCAAGUUCUUCAGCUACGAGCAAGCUUCCAAGGCUAUCUUAUUGUUUUACCAGCAGCAAACUGGGAAUGAUGAUGCUCAGCUCACUCCUGUAUUACGCCUAGGAGCUGGAGCCUGUGCUGGAAUAGUUGCCAUGUCAGCAACUUACCCUAUGGACAUGGUUCGUGGCAGGCUGACUGUACAGACAGAUAAGUCUCCUUAUCAGUACAGAGGAAUGUUUCAUGCUUUAUCGACUGUUCUGCGGGAGGAAGGCCCGCGUGCUUUGUACAAGGGCUGGCUUCCUUCUGUCAUUGGAGUUGUUCCGUAUGUGGGUCUCAACUUCGCUGUGUAUGAAUCUUUGAAGGAUUGGUUGAUUAAAACCAGACCCUUUGGACUUGCUGAAGAUUCUGAGUUGAGUGUGACCACUAGGCUUGCAUGUGGAGCUGCAGCAGGAACUGUUGGCCAAACUGUUGCUUACCCUCUUGAUGUCGUUCGUCGAAGGAUGCAAAUGGUGGGAUGGAACAAUGCUGCUUCUAUUAUCACUGGGGAUGGGAGGAGCAAGGCUUCACUCGAGUAUAAAGGCAUGAUUGAUACGUUCAGAAAAACUGUUCAGCAUGAGGGUUUCAGGGCACUGUACAAGGGUUUGGUUCCCAAUUCAGUGAAGGUCAGUCUUAUAACAUGCCCUCUUACCUUUCAUUAUUCAAUAUCCUUUGACCUUCCACUGAGCACAAGUGUUCCACACAUAUUUAAAGGGUGGAAUUGUCUGGUAGAGUUUCUAGGUUUGCUAGAAACGUGUUGCGGGUCCCUCUUGAGACAUAAUGUGACCACAAUUUGAUAAGUUGGAUAAGUUUAGACAGAAUGAAAUCUAGUUCUAACUUCUAACAGAAGAAAGUAGUUGAUGAAAACAAGCAAUGCUAGAGGACAUGGUGGAAAGCCUCGAAAUAUGUGUUUUUGCUUUUUUUGUGUCAGCUUGACUCGUAUAGAUAUCCUCCAGAUAGUCUAUGCGUCUAAAACCACCGUAAAUGAGGCACGCACUGGUCAACUCUUGAUGACACGCGAUUACUAUGGCCAGUAAAUCUUAUUGUGUGCAAUGUGAAUUUCUGAGAACAGGCAGUGUAUUAUAGCAUGUUGUCUCCGUUAAAAAUGUAUGACAAACUUCCACUACUUGGCACCUGGACUUUUGUUUCCCUGCUGUUGUGCUUGGAUGGAGGUGCGGGUGACAAUUCUUUCAUUUUGAAUGGAUCAUUACAAAAUCUGCUUCUGAAACCACCUUUGCUUGUUGGAAUAGCUGGACUGUAGUUGAGUUAUCUGUGCAUCACCCUUGUAUAUGUAAUGUCACAAUAAUGGAAUCUGAUGAUCUCGUUAACUUUUAUUCUUGUUCAGGUUGUCCCAUCCAUAGCUAUUGCUUUUGUGACCUACGAACAGGUGAAGGACAUCUUAGGAGUUGAGAUGAGGAUAUCGGACUGAUCAUGCUGGAAACUCUGGUCUCUGUUCAACAGGGGUUUUAUUUUUGCAGGCAAGGGGGAGGAGAGAGAGACAAGGUGAACUGGGACUGGGAGUCCCGUCUCCUUGUCUCAGAAAGAGAGAGGAGAGAGGGGGGGGGGGGGGGUGGGUGGGUUUAAAGACCAGUGUGAGCCUGUGUUUAACGCAUUUCCUUCCCCUUUGGUUUAGCUAUGUAUUUUCCCUCUUGAACCUGUAUCCAAGUUUAGCUGCUGAUGCACACCCUUUACGUCAAUAAGCAUUUGUGAGGAACUAUGUAACGAAUGCAGUUGCAUGCUUAGCAAUUCAAGUGAAUAAGGCUUUUCAA